CCGAAGGUUUCUGGGGGGGGGGGGAGGGUAUUAAGGAGCGGAAGUGGUGCGGGUUAGGGCAGCGUGUGGAGUUGGUGUGUGCUGAAUUUAAAGGCGAUGAGGUGCCUUAGGAGCUUUCAUUGCUGUCUCUUGGGCCAGGUUGGUUGAAUGAUGGCCUCUCAGGACUCAGCCCUGCCUGAGCUGUUCACCAAAAUAAAAGGUGCUGAAAGAACCUGGGACAAGGCAAGAGAAGAUGAUGGAGGAGGCAAGAUAUCCUGGGUGAAGGAAAGAAACAGCAUCUGUGACCCAGAUGCUGAAGGCCUAAAUGGAGCCCUUCCAGCCAAGCUGCUGGAAGAAGGAGGAGGAAACCUGGAGUUGUCCCCAUCUCCAAUACUGGGUGAAAAGCAUUUGAUAAUGCUGCAGACUGUGCACUUGAAGGAAUGGGAAGAUGACGUCCAGGGGGUCAGUCAGUUGAAUAUUCAGCAGCAGAGUGGGGUGCACAUGGUAGUACAACGAGGAGCAAGUGUCUUGCAGCCCUUGGUAGUAGUGCAACAGGGAGUAGGUGCUCAGCAGAAUCUACCCACAGGUGUAGCAAUAAGUAUACAGGAUGGUGUUUAUACAUUUCAUGACCUGGAGGUGAUGCAGAUUAAUGUUUUGCAAGAAAAAGUACAGGCAAAAGAUGAAGAAAACCAGUCCAUGGAUAAAUCCCCAGGAAUGCUACUGAUUAAGUUAACUCAGAUGUUCAUAAGUAUGCUGAUUGAUAGAAGUAAAGAUCUACAUGCAGUUGAAGGUAAGGUCCAGCAACUGCCUCCAAAUGAAGAGGGAAGAGAAAAGGACAUUUUCACUGUUGAGAAAGCAAAGAUCUUGAGCUGUAAAGCCAAAGAUGAUAUGUCAGUGUCGCACUAUGAACACAAAGAGCAAGAAGAACAAGCAGUUAUAAAAAAAACUGACACUCUAGAAGCUCAAACAAACACACAGCAUAGGAAAAAAGGGGAAAAGGUGAUCUUCCAUUGUGAUCUGUGCGCAUUCACCUCUCUUAGAAUGUCAAGUCUUAAUCGUCACAUGAAAACCCAUUCUGAUGAAAAACCCCAUGUGUGUCACCUCUGCCUUAAGGCUUUCCGUACAGUUACUCUCCUGCGUAACCAUGUGAAUACACAUACAGGGACCAGACCAUAUAAGUGCAGUGACUGUGAGAUGGCAUUUGUGACCAGUGGUGAGCUUGCACGACACAGACGAUAUAAGCACACUCUAGAAAAACCCUUUAAGUGCUCAAUGUGUAAAUAUUCUAGUGUAGAAGCAAGCAAAUUGAAGCGUCACAUUCGUUCACAUACAGGAGAGCGUCCUUACAACUGUUAUCUCUGUAGUUAUGCUAGCAAAGAUACCUAUAAGCUGAAAAGACAUAUGGUAACUCAUUCAGGAGAAAAACCCUAUGAAUGUUAUGUUUGUCAGGCCAGAUUCACACAAAGUGGUACCAUGAAAAUCCAUAUAUUACAGAAGCAUAGUGAAAAUGUGCCCAAAUACCGGUGUCCACAUUGUAAUACAUUUAUUGCAAGAAAAAGUGAUUUGGGCGUUCACUUACGAAACCUGCAUUCCUACCUGGCUGUAGCGAUGAAGUGCCGUUAUUGUGAAGCUCUUUUCCAUGAGCGCUAUGCUCUUAUUCAGCACAAGAAAACUCAUAGAAAUGAAAAGCGAUUCAAAUGUGAUCGAUGCAGUUAUGCAUGCAAGCAGGAACGACACUUGAUUGUGCAUAAGCGUACACAUACUGGUGAGAAGCCCUUCACUUGUGUAUGUUGCAGCAAAUGCUUCCGGCAGAAGCAGCUUCUAACUGUUCACUUCAGGAAACACCAUGAUUCCAAUUUUAAACCAACAGUUUAUGAAUGCCCUAAAUGUGGCAAGGGUUAUUCACGCUGGAAUAAUAUGCAUAAGCAUGCUGAAAGCUGUGGAUUGGUGAGGGCAAAAUCUGUUACACGCCGCAAAGGAAACAAGGGCAAAAAGAAAAGAUGCGACAGACUAAAACGUGAUGUUAAGCAAGAAGCUGUUGACCUGGGAUCAUUCCAAGAUGUUUCCUUUGUGAACACUGAAUGCUGUGCCAGUGAGAUUGUCCCUGUCGUAUAUGGAAUAGAAACAAGUACUCCGAGGGAGCAGAAAACAGAAAUGACUUGUGAAAUGAUCCUCAACAUGAUGGACAAAUAAUACAAACACAAGUUCUGAUUUCCAUUGUUAACUUACAGAAUAUCAGUUUGUAUACUAGUGCAAAGUUUCUAAGCAUGUUAAGGGAAGUAAGCUGUAGAAGGUGUUGGUUUCUGUAAAAGUUGCUAAAAAGUUGUCAGCAAAAGUUACAUGGAAGCCACAUAUGUUCUAACAUGUUCACAUCAGCGUCAAAGAAAAACAAAUCUUAAAACUAGGCCAUGAAAAAAAAGUAGGUUGAAUUUAUUCAAUUUACUUUUCAUUUUUCUUCCACAUUUAGUUACAGAAUUACAUACAAUUUUCAAGUAGAUUUAUUCCUCAGUAGCUCUGUGCUCCUGUCAGAUCCAGAUCUGUGUGACCUUCAGCUUGUUUGCAUCCACCUCAUGGUGAGCACAUUGUGAAAGGCAAAAUUAUUUUGAUGCAAAGAACAUAGCUAGGUCUUCUCUUGGAACACUAAAGAUCUCAACAAAUCUGUACUGUUUUACCCUAGUAUAGUACUUAUUUUUAUAUAAAUCUGAGAACCAUGAUAUGCCUCCAGAUACCCUGUCAGUAAGUUUAUUGUAACAUUAUUAACUUUACUAUAUAUAUAUAUAAUAUACUUUUAAUCUCUUAAUUUUAAAAAGGACACUUCUUUUAUAACAUAACAACCAAGCCUCAAAAUUGGGUAAGCCCUUGGUCAGAUUCUCCUCUCAUUUAACGCCAGUUUUACACAGGUGUAACUCCAUUGAUUUCAGUUGGGGCACUCAUUAUUCCCACCAGGGUGGGAGGAGAAUCAGACCCCUUAUUUUUUCGUUGAUUAUUAGGACUUUUAUAACCACUUUGCGCUAUAGUGUGAAAAGCUUUAGUAGAGUAGUAAGACCAUCAGGUGGCCUGUGAUUGAAUGUUAUCUAGCAAUUUUCAUUUUCCUAACUGUUUUCUUGUAGUUUGCUUUUUGAAUAGCUAUCUUGUACGUAGCUACAUGCAUAUGACUGUAAGAAUGGGUUUAUACUUGGGACUUGAUCCAAAGCAUAUAAAGGUCAUUUGAAAGAUUCCCAUUGACUUAAAUCACUUUGGUUCAGGUCUCUAAUAAUGUAUGCUUGUGUUUAAAAAAACAUGAAAAGUAUUUUAACAAUGUUCAUAGGACAUACUGUAUGUAAAAAGCAAUGAAAUUCUAGUCGUUCUAGCUUCUAACCAAUUUGUUGGAAUCCCCACUUUUAUACCAGUCUUUCUGCUUAGUCUUCAUGACAAUCACAAAUAGUACCAUUCAUUGUUGUUGGUUACAGUGAGCAAAACCAAUUUUUUCAUUAGUCACUCAUUUUCACUUUCAUUUACAAAUAAUAUUUGAAAGCAUGCUCAAAAUAUCAAAUAUAUACUUUAAAUAUAUACUGGCAUUUUCAGUGAAAACAUGCUUUUUAAAACUAAUUUUAAUGACAAGUCUUAAUGAAUGAAUUUUAUUUUAAUUAAAAAAAACCCCAACAUAUAUUUGAUUUUCAGAUGUGGAGUAUGUUAUAUUUCUGGAUUGUUUUUAUGAGCGUUACAAAUCCUGCCGUCUUUACUCAAUCAAAACAUCAUCAUUAUAACUUCAGUAAGGGUUUUGCCUGAGGCGAAAUGCAGAAUUUGGUUCACUUUAGUUGGCUGACAGCCUAAUUCUAAUGUUUAAAAAUAUUUUAACACAAAGCUACACAUAUUGUAAAUUCAAACUGAUACCCCACUUAUAUUUUGCAUGUAGACCUAAUUAUGUACUAUAGGUUUUUAAUUAUCCUUUUAACAGUGCUUUUGUAGCCAUGACAAUAAGAUACUUCUGUGUUUUGUGCAUUCCAAGUUAACUGAGUUUAAGUAUUCAUAUCUGAAAGAACACUUACAUGUUUUUGUUACCUUUAAGAGGUUAAUACAUGCAUGUUUGUUUUCAAUUAAUAUACUGUUACGAACUUUAUCCCGUCCUUUACAUGGCAGGUAUAACUAGAUAGCUUGUAAAAGCUACACUACUUCAAAAUAAGGCCGAUCCUGUGAUGUGCUGAGACUCGUUACCAUUACAAGUGGGAAAGCAAUCUCACCCUCUUGCUCACCACCAUUAACUCCUAGAUGUGUGUUGGUGCACAACUCACCAAAGGCACUCGUCAUCUUGCAGACUGGAGUACCCAAAUUAACGAGAUAUAGUGAUGCAUGCUACCACAGGACAGGAUCAAAUCUUUAAACAACUACUGAUAUAACUACUUAUUACAGUAUUUACGGCUUUGAUAAUGCAGUGCGAUAACCCAUCCGGUUUUGUAGUGUAAGUAAUUUAGAAUCAUUGGGAAGGUGGUGUACUUGAAUCAGUUAACCUUGCUAGUUUGUUUAACCCACAUUCCAUAAUAACAAUGUUAUGUGGCUGUUCAGAUUCAUAGUCUGUGUUCAUAUUCUGUGGCAGUUUGUUUAAUGAUAAUGUUUAUCUAUUUCUAAUAAGCUAAUAGUUAAUGCUGAUUACUUAAAUUACCUAACAAGAACUAGGUUUUAAGAAUGGUUUUGUUUCUAUAAUGAAAGUGUGACUGGUAUUGUUGGCCUAGCAUGCACUAACGUUAACAUUCUUCAUCUGAAAAUCAGAAUAUUGGUUUUGUUGUUUAAAAUUCAUAACAAUGUUGUGUAAACAUUUGAUCAUUUUCUGUGUAUAAACUGUUUAUUUUGAAUCAGAGUAAUUUGGCUUACUUCUUAUCCUAAGCCAGAAAAUCAGACUGCUUGAAAUAAAAGAUAUUUUCUCUCAUUUGUGAACUCAAAGUAGUUAUCAUUUUUAAGCCAUUUAGAAAUUGAAAGUAAUGUAUGCUUUUGAAGAUAGAAAGAUAGUACUUUGACUCCAUGAGGCAUCUGUUCCUAAUUGGAGUCUUUUGCCAUUCAAUAUAAUUCCACUUUUCACUGAAACCAAUGGGGGUUCUGUCUGAAUAAGAACUACAGAAUGUAGGCUUUUAGGUACUUUUGUACCUGUGACUUGAGUCAGGUUAUGAUGAACAUUUUACAAAAUGCUAGUUUUGAGGGUAUUUGAUCAAAAAGCUGUACAUAAAUAUGUGGAUUUUAAGACAAUAUAUAGAUAUGAUCACAGCAGUAAUCCUAAGAAGUUAAAUUGAUCAAUGGUAUUUAAGAGGCCAAAGGAAAAAUUAUUUAAAAAGUUUGAUUGUAACGCUUUAAUGGUUUAAAUGUUGUCUUAUAUUUCUUUAUUUUGUAAUCCCAAGGAGCUAUUGAGAAAACUUGUGGUGUCUGUUACCAGUUUUUUUAGGUAAAGGGCCUAAUUGUCAAAAGUCACAUUUAUUUUACAUUUGCAGUUUUGUACUUGCAAUCCCUUCUGAGUGCAAAUGCUAGAAUUUAAAUGGUAGUUAUUUGAUUUUCAAUUACAGAUGUGUGUAUCUGCAAAUCAGGUAGUUAACCAACAGUCUAAUUUUGUGGGAAUAAAAUUUUUUUAUCUUACGGCUACUUACAAAUUCAGUCUAAAAAGUGUAAAGACUUUUUGUGCAACUGUCUCAACAAAAAUUGGAUAGAAGUUGGGAGAUACUUUUACAAGAGAGAGAGUUUUAUUUGUUAGGGGGUUUAUGAUAUUUUUAUCCUGUUGGGAAUGACUCAUGCACCAAUAUUACAAACGCUAAUCCCUACAUUAGCAAUACAACAUGACAGAGCAUCAAAAAAAUAAUUUUUAGUGGAGCUAAGUGUGAGGCCACCAUCUAACUUCAAGCAGUUGUAAUAAACAGAAGUAGAGCAUUUCUAUGUGAGAGAGUAGAACGCUUAACUUCUGAGUAUUCCUUAUUUUUGUGGGGAAAAGUCUUCCCUUUAAAUAGUCGAUGGCCUCUAUGCAGGCAUGUAGACCAUGCAUCCAAUAGACUUAGGGGAACAGGUGGUUAAAAGAAAGUUGUGUGUGUGUUUUAAAUUGAGCACCAAGCAUAAAAUGUAUCUGAUACCUGGAAGCAUAGGUGCUUCCAGAGAUUUAACAUAUGAAAUAUGAGGCAGCAAAAAUAAUAAAAUAUAGAACUGGCCAUCAGACUUGAAAUCUUCCCCAAACAGAUGUAUACCCAUUUCAAAUAAUGUAUAGAAAACUACCCAACCCUACUGUCAGAAAAAUGACAGUCUGGGGAUGUAUCUGUUUGAAAAUGUGAACAACUUCUUGCACAACAGUGAUGAAUUAAGCACAAUGCUGUGAAUUGGCAUUGUGAUGGAAGUAAUAACGACAGUUUCCUUAAGAUGGCAGUCUAAGUUCAUUUAUUUGGUCACGCACUAGGUGAAAGUCGUAAUCAGGUAAAUGUUAGAGGUUCUUCAGAUUUUUCAUCUUUAUGUUGGUUUAAGUGUCUAUGAAAGCUGCAGCAGGAGUUAUUUGUGGCAUUUUGCCUUGAACGGGCACAGUAAUUCCAGGUGUGUCUAGGAAGUGUGGUCCCUGCACCACUCUGGGAAAGGAUGUGGAGUGCACAGCUCACGUACGCUCCCACUGAAGAGCUUGCAGUAGCAUAGAAACUGGAGCUGCCCUUCACCAAAGGAGAGCACUGCCACUCUAAUGGAUAUCUGCAUGUCUGGAUAUGCAAGGGGGAAAAACUUCUCUUUCCCUUAUGUGUGCACGUGCUACAGCACUAAGAAUUUAUGUAAAACUAUUUGUCAAGAGUAAGCAGUGGGUUGUGAAGCUCAUUGCUCCAUUAACACUGACACAAAGAGUUUACUAGAAUUUUAAAAAAGAAAGAUUGGGUAAUGAAGUAAUAAAAAUAAUAUAUAAGGGAUAUAACCCCCAUGCUUCAGGGCAUAAGCUAACCACUAACUGCCUGCGGGUAGAAAAAAAACCUCUGUAAAUGAGCAGGUUAUUCCAUAAAUAUCCAUUAUGUGGUUCCUUGCACAUGCCUUUGAAGUGUAUGACAGUUGAUGAUGAGAUACUCAACUAGAUGGAACCCAUUUAAUUCAGUGCAUCAAUUCUUAUAGUCCUAUAUUUACUAAGGCUUAAUAACUCUCAACAGUGUAAAAAUAUUGAGAGCCUAAUUCCCAACUGUAGAAUCCCUGCUGACUUCAGUGUAGUUACACUGAUGUAAAAUUAGAGUAAUGCAGACAUUCAAGAGUUAAAGCACCCCUUUAAAAUUUUUUUGCCUAGAAUGAAAAUGUUUAUGUUCAUUGUCCCAGACCUGUAUAUGUGAAGUUAGCUCCUGUAUAUAUUUUUUCUUUAGAAUCAGCCAUAAACUGUUGUUUUACACACACCUUCUGUUGGCCUCCGUGGGAUUUUCAAGCAUAGAAUGAUAUUGCUCUAAGGUUUUAAUAUAAGGUUUAUAUUAAUUCAAAUCUUGCAUUUAGUGAUUUAUUAAAUAAUGAAGAAGUAGCUUUGUCGUAUUCCCUAGUAGAUGUUUUUCAGCAUUAGAAAACUAUCACAAAAUUAAGCAUGAUUUCCUUUCUUAAAAAAAGGAACCCAGGACUAGUUAGAGACAUGACAUAUUUAAGUAUUGAAAUUACUAAAACAGUAACUUUGUAUUUUAUUACAUCUAUGAACCUAUUUUACCUGUUUUUCAUAAGCAUUUCUUCUAACAAAGAAAGCAGAUAAUAUUUAGCAUUUAUACAUUGUUCUACCUCUUCAAAGCCCUGAACGAGCAUUAACUAAUCCUCACAACACCCCUGAGAUGUAGGGUAGUGCUUAGUUGAACCUUUGGCCAGUGACAAAGUCUUAAUUGUCCAUAGAAGGUGAAAGGUGGCAGGUGGAUCAUUUUAACAUGUUACAUAAAACUGUGGUUGAAAGAGAGUACAGAAAAAAAGGCAAAGAAAUGAAGUAAACUAAUUUUAUCGGAUCUAAGAGGAUGUUAAUUAGGGGUUCAAAGCUACAAGCAAAGAACCAGUUUUGUUAUAGCAACAGACCUUAUGAUGAAAUGAAGUGUACACAUAUCAACCAUUGGCUGCUUGCUUUGAUUUGAGAGUUUUGGAUGGGACAAAGUUGCCACCUCUUUUAGGUAUUUAUUUUCUGUGGAGUACUUGGCAAACUACUCUGCACGUAGCGUGAGACUGGAGCAAUGUUGCCACAUGUGGGGAGGCAGGGUUUUACCAUAAGCCCUUCUUUUUCCUGAUCCUAAAAGAUGUCCUGACCAGACUAGAUGAGGAGAGGGAAUCGGGUGAUAUUCAUCUCCAUGACUGUCCCCUGAGCAACUCCUGAGAUGUGAAUCUAAGGUUCCUGCUGCUUCCCUCCUCCUUGUGUGUCAGUUUCCUUCCCUAUUUUAUAUCUCUUACAUCUUUCCUGUCUCUCUCAUUUUUUGCUAUCUACUUAGUGAGAAUCUGGCUUAACCAAAUAGGUUCAGUGCAAAACUUUGCUGUGAUUCCUCGGGCUAGCUAAAAGUGAUGCUGUGUGUUGUGCCUAUAGCUUUCUGACAAUUAAAGUGCAAACAUGACAAACCAAAGCUGCAUUUUCUUAUCUUUUUGCUCUUCAGUGCCCAGUCCCCUUUGUGUACACUUGUCUCUUUUUGUAGAACAAGCGUGGAAAAGAAACAGAGGCCAUAGCUGCACUGAUAUCCCCAGGAUUGCUACAGCAGGUCUACUGUCAUGAAUAUUAAAAUUCUAGCAACUUCUCUACAUUAGUGUUCCCACUGUUGGUUGCACAAGUGGAGUUGCUGCCAUACUAGAGCAGUGGUGGGAGAACUCACAAAAUCCUACCCUAAAAUAGCCGCCUCUCCCUUUUCCCCCACAUGGAUAGGUAAGAUUCUCUGAGAUUCUCACACAAGGUUUUUUCUCUUUGAAAAAUGUCUUUAUGGAAGGAGAAGGAAGGGAGAUUACUAAAAUGAAGACUGGCUUGAUUUUUUUCAUCUUAAUUGUUUUUCCCUCUUUCAUUUUGUUUGCUUUAAUGCUAAUAAUACCUAGCGCUUGUGUUUUUUCUUCAUAGAUUUCAAAGUUCUUUACAAAGGAUGUGUAAGUAUUGUUAUCACAGUUUUAUAGAUGAGGAAACUGAGGCACAGAGUGAGCUGAAAUGACUUUCCAGUGGCUGGGAAUAGAAUCUAGACGUUCUGAUUUUUUCAGUCCAUUGUUCUAUCCACUAGGUCACCAUGGCCUCCCAAUAGUACAAUAAGCAAAACCAAGUGUCUGGCAACUAAACCUCAGACCCAAAUUACUGCUAAUGUGGCAGUUAAAAAGAUAAUGACUGGAGUCAUUUUAAUGAUGAUAUUGUGAAGAUCCUAUCCAACCUGUGCUAUGUGUUGUCUGCAUUGUACAGAUGGCGAAGAUGAGACAAAGAAGAUCAAAGUAAUCUCUGGUUUAAUUCCUUUCCUUUCAGAUGAAGGGAUGAAUUUGGUCCACAAGGUUGACUGGUCCAAGUCACAAAAAUGAAUAGCUGUGAUGCGAUUAAAAUUAAAAUGCAGAAUUACCUGGCUAGCAAUCCUUUGCUCGGUCCACUAGAGCACAUUGCCCCUUAAUCGAGACCUAACAGAUGAUAUUGUAAAUUGUGUGUAUUGCCAGAUGAUCACCCCAUGAGAUUAGAAAUAGAAACCCAUAAGUUUUGCAGGCCAGCAUGAUUGAGUUCCAUUAUCAGAACUGUGUGGAAACAUACAAGGCCUACCAGCAUUAUCCAGUACUAUUAGCUGCUUUCAGGGCCACCAACCAAAAUUGAAAAAACAUUUAUAACUAAAGGUCAACCCUUAAAACGAUAUAAAGGCAUUACAGUAGAGUGUGAUUAAAGAGCGUGAGUGAGAUUACUGUAUUAUAAUAUCUGAUAAGGAGGAAAAUGUGAAGAGAGCUUAUGCUCAAAUAAAUUUGUUAGUCUCUAAGGUGCCACAAGUACUCCUUUUUGCUGCUGUAGACUAACACGACUGCUACUCUGAAACUUAAUAUCUUAGUAGUUUAGAAAAGUUCAUAAAUAAGAUGCAGAUUCUCAUUAAUCAUAAGAGCUUCCUAAAGUAGGUGGAGUUCAGAAGGUGUCAUUCACUUAGAAACUUGUGUUUAGAGAACCAUUCUGCUGACCAUUGCACUGAAUACAAGCUGCUUUGGUUAAUGGCAGGCUCCCGGAUGGAUAGCAUUUAAAUGACUAUUGUUAUCACUGUAUAGAGCUUCAACAGUGUCCUCCACUUGCAUAAGUUAACGUCUAGUUUUCUGUGUGUUUUUUGUCUGAAAAAUCAAAUCGAUGUUUGAAAGCACUUUACAUUAAUAAAGUGUGCUUUCAAACAAACAUCAUUCCCUGCUGUGUUUUUUUUAACAGCCCACUAUUGUUUGAGGUUAGUCACUGAAACAUUUGGACUCUAGCGUUAUGGAUGUGCAACCAUUAUAAAAUGGCAAAGAAUUUUCUAGCAGUUUUGGUUCAAUCUGUUUUCAUUCUUAACUAACAUUUGACAGUUAGCAGAAUUUAAUGUCUUUCUUCUUUUGUCAGUUGACUGUUUUCAUUAUAUCUAAAUUAUUUUUCUAUUUUUAGCUUUGUUUUUUUCCCAGAUUCCAUCCAUUAUUAGUCUUACCCCAGCCCUGUUCACAUAGCAACACUGGCUGGCAAGGGUAAGAACGCAAAGAAAGAGUGACAGAGCUGCACGCUUUGAUAAGGAAGAGCCCUGCCUUUAUUAACACCAACUAAUCAAAUGGUAGGUAGCAGUUAAAUGGCAAUUAUAAUUAACCCUUCUAACUGCCAUACUUUAUCUGGGAAAAUUGUGUAUUUACAGAGCAAAAAUGUCCUCCCUUUCUGGCAGAAGUGAUUUUGUUUUGUGGAAGUAACUCAUCGGCAACUUUUCAUUGUGGAAUUAAAGUUAUAAAAUAUAAUGUAUAUUUACAGUAGUUAUUUCUUGCCAUAUUACUUUGCAUGCUGUGUCUUUCAAUGGAUAUGUGCCAUCAUUGGUCAUAGCAGUCUGUACAUUACUCAUUUAAAAUGGGCCAAAUCCCGUAAGCCUUACUCCAAUAAAACUUCCAUAG